UUUCGCAGGAAUAACUGAAUAUGUAUGUCACACUGGCAGUGUAAAUCACAUUCACUUUCCAAUUCGAUCUAAGACGGUCGACCUCACCGAAAACAAGAUGAAAUGUACCGCUCUAUUGGCAGUUGUUGCAAUCAGCUGUUUCUUGACACAGGCAGAAGGGGCCAGUGUCCCUGGGGUUCUGAAGAAGGAGAAGACCGUACGAGAAGCUCAGGAUGAACUACAAGACCAGCUCCUUCAGCUGAUUGAUGCGGUUAACACUGCUGAAGGCGAGGUAGAUGGCCCGGACAACCGACGGGACGUAGAAUGGCCCUGGGAGACUCCCUGUGCUCCGGUAAUGGCAAACUGCAGCUUCUCGGGCCCCUACUGCUGUGGGGACAUGACCUGUUUCAGACGCGGGCUACAGUGGAGCGGCGAGUGCAGGGUAGUCAUUGAGGAGGGAACCGUUCCCCCAUUGCGGGGCACUGAUUGAACAACAAAAAUCAUUUGCGUUUAAAAACAUUUAAACUUAUCUCGACUUAGUUGUUAUGGCCUUUGUCAUUGUCACUGUACUACUUUCUGCAUGAACUGGAUUCCACACGAUACUACGGUGAUCUUUCCAACGUGUCUAGGUGAAAUAAAUUAGAUGCACUG